AUGCCUCAAUUUACAUCUGAUGCUUUUAUUCCUUGCUUACCACGUCUACAUUACUACAAAGUUAUUGAAAAGCUAUACAAUUUUAGAGGGACAAAACGAAAACUCAUCCUUACAGUACUCGCAGUCUUACUAUUACUUAUUAUUCUAGUUACGGGAUAUGUUUGUCAAAGACAAAUCAUAACAAAACUGUCUGAAAUCAAAGAAUAUACAGUAAGCAAAUGGUUUGAUCCUGUGGUUGAAUAUGGCAAACCAAAAAUAAUUCAUAUGAAAGCUAAGUUAGACUGGUUAGACGAGGAAAAACUGCAAAAAGUACCAUUUAUGAAACAACACUUAGCAGCGCUUGAUUUCUUAGAAACUGCUUUGAUGGCGUGUAAAGCGUUACUUAAACGUGUAAGCACAAAUACUGCAUUAAUUAGCAGUACUGGAAAUGUUACUGCUACCGGUAGCAGUACUGCACCUUAUAAAGAAGAUUCUGGAAUUAAUAAAAAUAACGGGAAGAAGUUUAAAAUACAGGAAGUUGAACAUAUUGCUAUUCCAAGUAACGAAGAUGUAAUAAGUAACGUAAUAGAAAUACCUGAAUGGGCUUGUGAUGAGAAGCAUUCUCCAAAUUAUAUCAUAUAUUGUCAAGGUGAAUUACUUCAUGCAGUAAUGAUGCUGAAUAUUUUUAAAGAUUCUAAAACGUUUGUUGAUAAACCUCUAAAACGCCAUCCAGCUGAUAUAGCAGCUGACUUCAAAAAAAAAUUUCCUGGUGAUAUCACGGCUAAUGACCGUGAAGCUGUACGCAAAUUUAUUGAAGAAAAUUUUGAAGAAGAAGGUCAUGAAAUGGAAGACUGUGAAUUAGUGGACUGGGAAGAAAAACCUGAAAAAUUAUUAUCUAUAUCUGAUCCACAGUUACGCCAGUUCGCACUGAACGUUAAUUUUAUUUGGAAAAGUUUAUGUCGAAGCAUUAAAAAAGACGUGAUGGAACAUCCAGAACGGCAUUCAUUAUUGUAUGUUCCACACGAAUUUGUUGUUCCAGGUGGUCGUUUUCGAGAAUUUUAUUAUUGGGAUACUUACUGGGUCAUCAAAGGUCUUCUGGCUUCAGGAAUGCAAGAAACUUCUCGUCGAAUGAUUCUCAAUUUCGAAUAUCUGAUAAAAACUAUCGGAUUUAUACCCAAUGGUGGUCGAGUAUAUUAUUUGCGCAGAUCACAACCACCUCUGUUCAUCCCAAUGGUUUAUGAAUAUUAUAUGGCUACAGAAGACAGUGAUUUUCUUCGAUCUAUGAUUGAUACUAUGGAAAUGGAAUUUAAUUUUUGGAAAUUAAAACGAAUGAUAAAUGUGACAAUUGGAGGGAAAAAUCAUUCAGUUUUUUAUUACCGAGCAGAUAGCAAUGUGCCUAGGUAA